AUGGCUCGCACGAGAACUCAAGCGCAGGCGGCUGCUAGGGCUGCGACCCAUGCCUCAGCACUUCAGAGACAUGGCAGACCAGAGCAGCGCCGCAUGAUAGAACAACACCGUCGUGAACGAAAGCAGAAAGUCCAGUUCUCCGAGAAUGUACAAGUCAAAGAGCUUCCAGUCGAUAGCGGUAACCAUGCUAUAUCUCAGCAGCACGUCCCCUCUGCUGCUAGGUCCAAUGUUGCUUCAUCGUCAAAUCAGAGGGCAAUGAACAAGCCUGGCUCAGUGAGAUCGGGGCAGAAGUCCAAUAUCCGCACAAUGGUUGACUUGCCAAAAUCGCCAUCUCCAGCAACACCUGCCAACGAACUACCUCGCCCGAUCAAUCCACGCUUCGGCAGCCAACGUAGCUUUCGCACCUUGCGCGACUGUCCUCAUACUAGCCCUCAUGCUUCGGAUGCGGCUGCACGCACCAGACCACAAUCUUCUGGACAACGGCAGAGCAGAUUCACUCCUGCAGCAUUGUCUGAAGUACAGCAGCCAUACAGCGGACCUCGAAGCUCUCUACUUACUGAGCUCUCGCCUGCUGUGGCUGCAACUCGCAAGCGCAAGAGGGCUGACUCGACGUCCUUCUACCAGCGUCCACGAAAGCGAUUGCAGUUCCAGUACAACGCUACUGAAGAGCUGAAGUUGAACCUUCGACACGUUCCCUGCCCUCUACAGCCCGAGCAGAUUGGGGCACUCUUCCAGGUCUUGAGGGAGGAGCUCCGACAGUUCGCCUUCGACAACUUCCAUUUCGAACUCACCGCCGAAGCUCAGGCAGACUGGCCAUUGCAUGAGAUGGCCGACAACUACUACUCGUUGAUGCGUACCACUCAGUACAUUGCCGAUGGAAGUCAGUACGGUUGGCGCCAUUUCUUCACCACUCCAGACUCACGUGCCUCUGUCAUAUAUGGCGUUAUCGCUGAGUACAUCCGGCGUCAUAUUUUCUCAAUCCCAUCCUUUGGUCUAUCAGAGCAAGACGCGAAACGUGUUGAUGAUGUCGAUUCCACUUGGAUGCAUUUCGAUUCACAUGUACGAGCCAGGCGCCGUGCGCAGGUCAUGAAUGAGAUUCUUAUGGGCAGUGAAUGGCAGAUGUCGAGCAAUCGAGCCAUUCGGCAGCUUGCCGAGGAGUUGAUGGUCGUCCUGACCCCACUGCUUCCGCCUGAUGUCUUCGCUCACAACGAGGACUCGCACGACUUCAGCCUCAGCAAGUCCAAGAAAGCGAACGAACAACAUGGCUAUAUCCUGAAAUGCCUCACCGAUCGGCUCACUUGGGCUGUCGGACUUCACUACUCUCUCCGUCUGACAGGGAUCAACGGCUCUAUCAUCCAAUUCAGUAACAAUUCUCUUAGAGGCGAGAAAUGGUACGGCGAUCAAGGCGCGCCUCAAAACUGCGUCAACGAACAAAUGAUGAAGAAGACGCAAUUUCAUGGGUGGCUCAGUGAGCAGGCCAUUAAGAGAGCGAAUGCAUUGGACUAUCAUGCUGGCGUAGCAGAUGGCCCGGACGAUGAGGAUUCUCCACAGCGUCCACGUAUCAAGAUGUGCUGCUUCCCACGCGUGGAGAUGAUUGUACCCAGGGGUCCCGACAUGGAGCAACUAGCCGAGAUCGAACGUAGGAACGCUUUAGAGGUCAGAUCCCGGGCGGAGGCUGACAGCUCCGGGGAGCCAGGCGACAGCACCUCCAGCUCCAGAUCUUCGUCACUUGCCUCCGACGCCAGCCGGGACGGCCAGCCAGAUGCAAUGGACUGGGAUGUAGUUCCAGAGAGGCGCAAAUCUGUGAGUGACGAAGAUCUGCAUGACACGAAGAACACUUUUCCCAUCGCACCCAAAGUCGUGCAAUGGGUCUUUGAAGAGCGCAAAGGGAAAUGGCCAGCGGACGCUGGCGAACUACGCCUCUCAUACAUGAACUACUAUCCCCAUCUCAGCAGCAACGACGUUUAUUUGGAGCAUGAGUACCUUGAACCCACCGAGGAGGUCUUUAUCCGCAAACACUUCGAUGAGCACUGCCAACGCAGCUCCAUGGGAGGCCAGCGAAGAGCACACAAUGGACGUCGUCGCCCCAGCGACGAUGGGUCGACCUCAUCCGAUUCCUCCCUCAGCUCCGAUGAUGAAAACAGCUCCAGCUCCGACACAAGCAGCGCCUCCUCAGUCCUGAGCUGGGAGCCGGGGCACUCCGACGCCACCGCCCGGGCAGCCUACGAAUCCCACAUCGCCUACCUCCGUGGGCCCUUCCUGAAGCAAAGCAACUCGCGGACGGGCUGGCGUCACGGCAACCCCAUCCCCAAAGACCAGCGCCUCACAUUGAAACAAGCCAUCCAGCAAGCCCGCGAUUUCAAGGCCGCCUCGGACAUCAAGUUGCGCGUCAAGUUCGCGCUACACGACCGCUCCAUGCGCUCCUGGGCCGCCCUGACCAGCAAAGCCACACACAUUGACUGGGCCGUCUCCUCCACCGCCGGCACCAUCCUCUUGGCCGCCCUGUGCAGCCACUACGGCUACGACCUCCCCAGCUGGCUCCUGCGGCAACUGCGAUGGCUGCGCCACCUCGGCAUCGAAGACGUGCACGCCUGGCUGCGCCGGCGGUGGGAGCUCGCCCGCGCCACGGGUACCUCGUCCGCACAGGUCCUGCUCGCCGUCGCGGCGCGGCCGGCGCGCGCUUUCGAAGCCUUGCUGCCCCCAUCCGCCGCCGCGACCGCCACGGAACCCAGCUCGAAUAGGCCCGGUUCGACGGUGACGGCGACGGUCAAGACUUCUGCGGGCGCGAGCUCGGGCUCGGGUUCGGGCUGGGGUCCGCUGACGACGGCAGUGGUGACGAGGACGGAUACGAUGAGUACGGUGCCGAGUGCGGGGGUCGUGCCGCUGAGUUUGCCCAAGAGUGGGAGUAGGGGUGGGAGAGGGUGGUGGAUGGUGUUCCAGUGA